ACGCGGAAGUCUUGGCAACAUUUAACGGGCUCGUGGUAAACUUUGGUGGAAAAUGUCACAUCACGGUAUCAAGAAAAGAAAACUGGACAGGAGCACAGAGGAUUACAUGUACUUUGACAGCUACUCCGAUGUUACCAUUCACGAGGAAAUGAUCGCGGACACCGUGCGCACUAACGCGUACAGAACGGGCAUUUUUAAAAACAGUAAGUCGAUAGAAGGGAAAGUGGUGCUGGAUGUGGGAGCCGGUACCGGUGUUCUCAGUUUAUUUUGUGCCCAGGCUGGUGCCAGGAAGGUUUAUGCUGUAGAAGCGAGCUCGAUCGCCGAUCAGGCUGUAAAAAUAGUCAAACUGAAUCAGAUGGAGGACAGGAUCGAUGUUAUUAAAGGGACACUAGAGACGAUCGAUUUACCCGAGCAGGUGGACGUGAUUGUCAGCGAGUGGAUGGGCUAUGCGCUUCUUCACGAAUCCAUGUUAAAUUCUGUGCUCUUCGCCCGGGACAAGUGGCUAAAACCCGGUGGCCUUAUAUUACCGUACAAAGCGGAUCUCUACAUCGCCCCCUUAAACGAUAUGGUGGUGGAGGGCCGAUUGAACUUUUGGAGCACUGUUAAGGCACAGUACGGCGUGGACAUGUCCUGCAUGACUGACUUUGCACGUAAGUGCAUCAUGAACAAAGACAUCACUGUGAAUCCGGUGACGGUGGAGGACGUGCUCUCCCAUCCGUGCAAGUUUGCCGAGUUGGAUUUACGCACGGUCACGCUCGAGCAGCUCAACGAUGUGCGGGGCGUGUACAAAUGCGCGUGCUUCGGCUCGUCCUCCAUCCACGCGUUGUGCGUCUGGUUCAGUGUCACGUUCCCAGCGGAGGAGAAGGCCCUGGUGCUCUCCACGUCUCCAUUCAAACCGGAGACGCAUUGGAAACAAGCUGUACUGUAUUUGGAUGAACCAGUGGAUGUGAUGCAGGACACUUUAGUAGAGGGGGAGAUCAGCUUGUACCCCUCUGAGAAAAAUUCAAGGCACAUAUGCAUCCGUUUGGACUAUUCCAUAGGCGACCAUAAAAAGCGCUCCAAAACGUUUUCUAUUCCUGAUCAAUAUUUAGAAGUGUAACAGAAUUGCCUGUUUUAAGUUAUUUGUUUCCUCCGCAAACGUUCAUCAUAAAUAUGUACACCACUUGGAAACUGAAAAAU